GUCAGAGGCAAACCAAGCGAGCUGUGCAGCUGUUUGCAUCCGAGCCACAGCGGAAAGGCUUAGCUGCAACGACAGGAGCUGCACCGCCAGACCUUGGUUCACGUCAAAGGAAUACAUACCGCAUCCAUCAACAAAACAAUUUGCUUCUCGCUUUGGAGACCAAAAAACUUCUGAUAUUUUACGGGCCGAGUGCACAGAGAUGAAAUCCCGCCUCUAAUAGACAGUGACCUCUACUCCCUGCCCUCACCCCCCUCCCGCUCCCCCUCAUCAGCGGCCAGAAAAGGAGCCGGAGCUCUGAUGACAGCAGUGAGGAACGCAGAGGACCUUCCAUGGCUAGUGCAGCGGACGGUUUAGGGAGCGCAGGAGCGGAGCAGACCAGCCUCGGCGUGCCCGUGGCGGACCCCGGCGCCUGGGCCACGGCCAUGAGCAACCUGGGAAUCGUGCCCAUGAGCCUGACCGGGCCGCAGCUGGUAGCAGAUUCUGUCUGCAUCCCGGGAUUUGACCCCAGCCUGGGCAUCAUCGCCCCCAUCAACCCCAUGAUGGCGGGGAUCAGUCUCGUGCCGCCCCCUCCCGUGCCGGUUGAGCUGCCCGUGAUCAAGGAGAUUAUUCACUGCAAGAGCUGCACCCUCUUCCCACAGAACCCCAAUUUACCCCCUCCCUCCACCAGGGAGAGACCCCCGGGGUGCAAGACUGUGUUCGUCGGGGGGCUCCCUGAGAAUGCUAGUGAGGAGAUCAUCCGAGAGGUGUUUGACCAAUGCGGUGACAUCAUCGCCAUCCGCAAGAGCAAGAAGAACUUCUGCCACAUCCGCUUCUCGGAGGAGUUCAUGGUGGACAAGGCCAUCUAUCUGUCUGGGUACCGUAUGCGUAUUGGCUCCAGCACAGACAAGAAGGACUCGGGGCGCAUACAUGUGGACUUUGCCCAGGCGCGGGACGACCUGUAUGAGUGGGAGUGCAAACAGAGGCUGCUGGCCCGCGAGGAGCGCCACCGGCGCAAAAUCCAGGAGGACCGACUGCGGCCCCCCUCGCCCCCUCCCAUCAUGCACUACUCCGAGCAUGAGGCAAGCCUGCUGGCUGACAGGCUGAAAGAUGACAACAAGUUCAGCGAGGCCACGGCGGUGCUGCUGACCUGGAUAGACCGCGGCGAGGUCAACCGCCGCUCCGCCAACCACUUCUACUCCAUGAUCCAGUCGGCCAACAGCCACGUGCGGCGGCUGAUGAACGAGAAGGCCCUGCACGAGGAGGAGAUGGAGCUGGCCAAGGAGCACUUCAAGAAUGCCCUGCUGUCCAUCCUCACGCAGUUCGAGCAGAUUACGGCCGUUCUCACCGCCGCCACCAGGCAAAAGGCAUGGGACCAUUUCUCAAAAGCGCAGCGCAGGAACAUAGACAUGUGGCGCAAGCAGUGCGAGGAGCUGAGAAAUGCACACAGUGAAGAGAUCAUGGGGAUACGCAGGGAGGAAGAGAUGGAGAUGUCUGAGGAUGACUCAGAUGAAAACCCCUGCAAGAAAAUGCGUCUGGAUGACUCAGUGCUAGCUGGGCAGGCCUACGCCCUGCGCGAGGAGAACGACAGCCUCCGCUGGCAGCUGGACGCCUACAGGAACGAGGUGGAGCUGCUGAAACAGGAGCAGGGCAAGGCCUUCCGCUGUGACGAGGACCACGCCCACGAGCAGCAGCAGCAGCAGCAGCAGCACUUUCUGCAGCACACGCUGCAGGGCGUGCAGCAGCAGCUGCUGGGUCUCCAGGAGGAGCUGAAUAGUAAAGAGCUGGAGCUGGAGCGGGCCAGGGAGCAGCAGAGGAGCCUGGAGAGGGAGCUCCUCGCCCUGAAGGAGAGGCUGCUGAACAGCUUGGACGCCACAGAGCUGAGCACAACGGAGGUGGCGGAGAAGGGAGUGAACGGCUUCGCGGUGUCCUGUCACGGCCAGGAGAAGAGUGCGGAGGCGGUCGCCCGAGGCCCCCUGCGAUCGGAGAAGGAGGCCCUGCUCCUCGGAAUCAUAUCCACCUUCCUUCACGUCCACCCCUUUGGAGCCAACAUUGAGUAUCUGUGGUCCUACAUCCAGAGGCUGGACACAAAGGUCUCGGCAGGGGAGCUGGAGCGGCUGAUGGUGCGGCUGCCCCGCAUGUUCAAGCAGGAGUUCAGCGGUGUGGGUGCCACGCUGGAGAAGCGCUGGAAGUUCUGCGGUUUCGAGGGCAUCCAGUCGGCAUGACCCCGAGCGCGGGGCAGGCAGCCCCACAGGGACACCUGAAGGUGGGGGGGGGGGGGGCACGCUUUCUCCCCCCUCCCACCAGACCCCAACCCCAGGGGCGGAGAGCGGGCGGCUGCUCUUCCUCUGAAGACGCAGACUUGGGAGAGCGGCGCGGACACUGGCACGUGAAACUAGGACAGAUGAGCUCACUUGAAGUGGGUCGCUUCCGAAUUUUGGCUGGUUGCGUAACAUUAACGUAACUAUCUGCGGUCCCCCUUGUGCUGGUGGAGAGCCAACGGCAUGCAGCUCCGCUAAGGCAUGGAAACCCACUUGGGCAGGGCUAAAUAUAUCAAAGAGUAUUGUUUCGCUCUUCAUCCCAUACUGAAAACUACAUUUCCAAAGGAUGUUCCCUCCCUGAAAGAUACAGUCUUUUUCCGUCCAUCGUUAUAAAUGAUACUCCACCUGAUAUGACCCAGUCGGGGGUGUGCGUGCUCAUAUGAGAUGUGCCAUUUUGAACUUCACCUGGGGUAUAAACCGUCUCUUUUAUUCACGCCAUCCCCUGACUGUAUACUAAGUGUGUAAUGUACAUUUGUGCUAUGGACACACUUGUAGGUACAUUAUCCACUUGUGUAAAUUAUUUUUAACAAAUAAAG